AUGGCAGCCGAAAGUGCGUCAUCCCGCCAAUCAUCUGAUCCUAAGCAAGACGGGCGAUCUGCUCAGGAUUCUGAUAAAAAAGAAGAAGGAGGAAAACCCCCCCACGAUGAAGGCAACUUUUAUGACGUUGUUCAGUUGCAAGAUCGCUAUUACGAAGCUGAAGCUAGUAUGGGAGUUAAAAGUUGGGGAUGUUUUGUUGGCAUAUUGGUUUGUGUGGGAAUUAAGCAGAGCCUUAAAACAUACUUUUCACAAUUCGGUGAAGUAACGGAUUGCAUAGUUAUGAGAGAUCCAAAUACAUCGAGGUCUCGUGGUUUUGGGUUUUUGACAUUUGUAGAUCCGACCGUCGUCAAUACCGUAUUGGUUAAGGAACAUCAACUGGAUGGUAAAAUUAUUGAUCCAAAACGUGCUAUUCCUCGCGAAGAACAAGAAAAAACAGAAAAAAUCUUUGUGGGAGGUAUUGCACCUGAAGUUACAGAAGAAGAGUUUAAGGAAUAUUUCUUGCAAUUUGGUCAUGUUAUUGAUGCCACUCUCAUGGUUGACCGUGACACUGGCAGACCUCGCGGAUUUGGUUUUAUCACAUUUGAUUCCUCCGAACCUGUAGAAAAAGCGAUGAAUCGACAGGAUUUGGAAAUCCUGAAACGUGCGAUGCCUAAACAUAAAUCACAACGUGUACAAACAUUGUACAGUCAACAAAGUUAUGGAUCAUCAUCAUCUGCGUCUGCAGCAGGGAUGAUGACAUCACCGGCUAGUUCAGCUAAUAACAGUCAGUACGGUAGCGGAAGUGGCAGUUACGGCGGAUCUGGAAGCCGUGGUGGAUCAUAUGGUCAAUGGUAUGGGCGUGACAGUUAUGGAUCAGGUCCAUCUUCGGCUGGAGGUGCUUCUGCGUUAGGUGGCCCAAGUUCUAGCAGUCGUCUUAGUGGAUAUCAUCGCCAUUCCCCUGGACGUGAUGAUGGUUAUGUCGAGGUGGCAACUCACGAAGCGGUCCUACACGCUCUUAUUCGUCGAUGA